CAUGUGAAACUGGGCCCGAAUCGCGGCAUUCGUGAUCGAGCGAGCUAUUGUAUCGAAACAAAUUUCGUGACGUUUCGAGUAGCCGGAUCGCCGCACUCGAUACGAAGCGAAUUUAAAUUAGCUCACUGUAACAGCCCUGGCCUCUCUACAAAUGGCAUUUACGAAGUGUCAAAUUGUGAAAUCAAAACAAAAGAAAUCAAAACAAAGAAAGUUGUUGAAGCCGUGCUAUAUUUUUUUAUAAAGGUGAAAUACUAUUGUUUUUCUCAAAAGUGAUGCAUCCAAUAAUUUUUUUAUAUUCGUCUUCGGAAUCUGAGGAAGAAAAUGUGCAGCAAGUCAUAAGGAACCGAAUGCGAGACAAAAGCAAUCGCUUGGCAUUGCCGGAGGCAGCGUAAGGAAUUACUUUUGACUUAACGAUUGCAAAAAUUGUGUACAAAUUAAUUUCAAUUGCCUACAUGUCUAUAUUUACAGCUUCAGGAAACGGUUCAGACUCUCUAAAAGUGCAUUUAACUACGUAUUGGCUGAACUCAAAUUUGAAGGACAUUUGUCAACCGCAGUGGCAUCAAUGAUUCAACUGGGAGCGACUUUGUCCCUUUUUGCCAGUGGUGGCUACCAGCACUUGGUGGGAAAUGACUUUUUGAUAGGAAUAUGUCAAAGCACUAUUUGCAAAUCAGCGAAAUGGAAACAAAGUUGUGCCCCCAAUUUAUUAAAUUCGUGCCCGACAAUCUUUCGGAAUGCACGAAAUCGUUUGUUGAAAAAUACAAAAUUCCUGGAGUUAUUGGAUGUAUUGAUGGCACGCACUUUGGGCUGCAAAAACCAACAGUAAAUGAGCACAUGUUCUUCAACAGGAAAGGAUACCAUAGCUUCAACUCAAUGAUAAUAUGUGACCAUGAAUACCGCAUUUUGGCCAUUGACUCAAAGUAUGGUAGAGCCGCACACGAUUCCUUUGUGUGGAAGCAUUCGGCACAACGAAAGUUUUUGGAGGAGCAAUUUAACUAA